GGUUUUGGGUUAAAAACAAAUUAACAAGAAUCCAAUUUACAGAAGAUAAGUGCCACUAAGCAUAAAUGCUGAUUCGCAUAUUUAGUGAUAGAAAGAAAGAGUAAUCAGAAAAACCAUUCUCAUUCGAUCUCACCGGAAUCUUUCAGAUCUCAUCUUCCACCACCGGAGUCCGAUUCACCGGAGUUUAAUUCAACCAUUGGAUCGGAUUCCCUUUUACCCACAAACUCAUUCACCCUCUCACGAACACCUUUCAGUUCCAUUGAUUCGCUUCAAAUUUCAGGAUUUGAUUUCGAAUUUUGAAGUGGCAAUAGCUUUAUAUCAAUCCUCAAAUAUGGGAAGCCAAGAUGCUGCAUUGUCAUCAAGUUCAUUUUUAGAUGACAAAUCAGCCAAGGUUUUUGUUUCUGGUCACCGAGGUCUUGUUGGCUCGGCCAUUGUUCGCAAGCUGACUGAACUCGGGUUCACGAAUCUAAUCUUGAGAUCUCAUGCUGAGCUUGAUCUCACUCGACAAUCUGAUGUUGAAGCCUUUUUUGCAUCCACAAAGCCUGAGUAUGUCAUUGUAGCUGCAGCCAAAGUUGGUGGUAUCCAUGCCAACAACACUUAUCCAGCUGAUUUCAUUGCUAUCAACCUCCAAAUCCAGACCAAUGUCAUUGAUUCUGCUUAUCGUAACGGUGCUAAGAAGCUUUUGUUUUUGGGUUCUUCUUGCAUUUACCCUAAAUUUGCACCCCAACCGAUCCCUGAAUAUGCUUUGCUUACUGGCCCUUUAGAGCCAACAAAUGAAUGGUAUGCAAUUGCCAAGAUUGCCGGGAUCAAAAUGUGCCAAGCUUACAGAAUUCAACACAAGUGGGAUGCAAUUUCAGGGAUGCCGACCAACUUAUACGGACCAAAUGACAAUUUCCAUCCCGAGAAUUCACAUGUUUUACCUGCUUUGAUGAGGAGGUUUCAUGAGGCAAAGGUCAAUGGUGCCAAGGAGGUUGUGGUGUGGGGUACCGGCAGUCCACUGAGGGAGUUUUUGCAUGUAGAUGAUUUGGCAGAUGCUGUUGUCUUUAUGAUGGAAAAGUACAGUGGACUUGAGCAUUUGAAUGUAGGGAGUGGAAAGGAGGUUACUAUUAAGGAAUUGGCUGAGUCGAUGAAGGAAGUGGUGGGAUUUGAAGGCGAUCUUGUUUGGGAUAGUACUAAGCCGGACGGCACACCAAGAAAGCUGAUGGAUAGCUCAAAACUUGCAGCCCUUGGUUGGACACCGAAAGUCUCACUCAAGGAUGGGCUUGUUGAUACCUAUAAAUGGUACUUAGAGAAUGUCAAGCAAUGAUACUUCUGGUUUUAAGCAGAUUGUGCCAUAUCAAGUUUUAUAGGUAUUUGUCAUUUCAAUAUGAAGAGUUUAUUUUUAUAAAAUAAUUAUCCAGUUCUAGUGUAUGACCCAUUUUUCUGUACUAUGUGGGAUGAAUUUUUCGGUGCUAUUUUGUUUUUCUUGUUUAAGUUAUCAUGAUAGUGAAGAGCCAUUGUUAAAAACCAUGUUCAUAAGGUUUUUCUGUACCAUCCUUCAAAAAAAGGUUUUUCUGUACCAAGUGUUUUUGUUCCACCAAAUUAUCAUGUGCGUUUGUUGUUUAGUUUGAAUCAUUUACUUUAUAUUGGCCUGUAUCGAGUAAGCACAAGAAAAAAAUGCUGUAUGGUGUAUCAUAUGAUAUCUUCAGUUUAAACCCUAAACCAAAGGAAAUAUUUUGUA